GGCCAAGUGCGCUGUGCUCGAGGGGUGCCGGCUAGGCCCAAGCGAGCCAGCGAGCAGGCAGGCAGGCAGCUCCGAGGGGGGCGCGGCUGCGGCCAGAAAGGACCAGCGAACGAGACAAGGGAGCAGUCUACCACCGGACAGCCAGGUAGCCGCCGCGUCCGCUCUUCCAACGCGCCCCUUUGCAAGCGCGGACUCGGCCGUGCUGGGUCUCUCGCCCGGCCUCCGCCCUUCUCUCCUCUCUUCCUCCUUCUCUUGCUCCCCUCUCCUCUCUCGCCGCCUGGGCUCGCGCAGCUCCCGAUCAUGUCCGACGUGUACCUCCGCAGCACCUCUGCGAUGGAGCGCCUGGUCUCCGGUGGAAACGUCCCUGUGAUGGCGCGCACGAGCGCCUGCCGUAGCCUCUUCGGGCCGGUGGAUCACGAGCAGCUGGGCCGCGAGCUGCGGAUGCGCCUAGCCGAGCUGGCUGCAGAGGACCAGAACCGCUGGGACUUCAACUUCCAGCAGGACGUGCCGCUCCGGGGCCCAGGGCGCCUGCAGUGGACCGAGGUGGACAGCGAGUCCGUGCCCGCCUUCUAUCGCGAGACGGUGCAGAUUUCUUUGCCAAACGGAAGAGAUCUGCGCCUGAGAGCAAAUCCUCCGGAGAUGUACCCCCUGGGUGUCCCUCGGCUGGCGCACCUCCUGGGGUUGGCGGGGCAGAGCAAACCCCGCGCAAGCGGCUGAGAUGAGUUAGUUUAGAGCCCCAGGAGCACGGGGAGCUUGUUGGGCAGCGGACGAUGGAUGAGCGCGGGGCCUCGCGGGACCGUACUUCUAGCAGCAACCGGUGGCAGCAGCCGCAGCGCAGCCUACGGUUUUGUGUUUAAAAUCUGAAAACUGUGCAAUGUAUUGAUAG